UACGAACGGAGAAGAGAAGAGUAGCAGCCGCCGGAGCGACCGGUGUUUCGUGCUUCGAAACCGACGUAGUGCUCCUCAGCUAAUGGGGGUCGGACCCUCACCAUACUGACGGCAUCAUGUGGGUCAAGCUGUAUAUGAUGUUCACCUCGGUGAAUACCUUCUUCCAUUCGUUCUGCAAAGGAUUUUUGCGACGACUGACCAAUUUAUGUGAACUCCAGCGAAUAUGUUACGGCACCACCAAAGGUUACGAGCGAACCAUCCGGAUCGAGAAUUCUUUGAAAAAGUCUAAGCAGCUUGCUCGAGUUUGGACGUCCCUCAUCAGGAUUCCCGAGAAAGGUCGUUACACAGAGUCAAACAGUGCGCAUACUCUAGAGGCUGCCGUCACGGGGAUCACACUCUUGAAACAGGUGAAACCUACAUACCAUCGCGAAUUCGUGCGAUCUCUUAGGUUUUCGCUGAAUCAUAUAUGUUCUUAUCGACAACUGGAGUUUGAAGCCGAACAUGUGCGCAGGAUGAAGUUCGACACGUCAGAUCAAAAUCACGUGAAUAAGCUCCUCAUUCUCUGGGAGAGCCUACGAGACGACCCGAUUGAAGGUCUCGUCUCGAAAAAAUGGCAGGAUAUUGGCUUCCAAGGCGAUGACCCCAGAACUGACUUCCGAGGAAUGGGAAUGUUGGGGCUCGACAAUCUUGUUUUCUUUGUUACGCAGUACAAUAACUUGGCUCGACAUGUUUUGAGCAGGUCUCUUCACCCGAAAUAUGGUUACUCCUUCGCUAUUGUUGGCAUAAACCUCACGCACCUCAUACACAAUCUCCUGAGGCAGGGGAAAUUAAAAACUCAUCUUUAUAACGCGAUGAGAGCCGUGGUUGGAAUUGAAGACUUGCACAAACUGUAUUGUUAUGUCUUCGUGGAGUUCGAUCGACUGUGGUUGGCCGAAAAGCCUCGGGAUGUGAUGGAGUUCGGAAGGAUACGGGAUAAGUUCGAACAGAUCCUCGUCGAACGACUCGAACGAGAAGACUGCGUGCUCAGCGGACGCGGCACCGUCGAAGAGAUUUGAGAAAUAGAACCAAAAGGAGCCUUGUAAUACCUAAGUGCUUGAAUAACCGUGUUCCAAAUG